AUGUGUUCCCAUACGCAGCCUCGCAUUUUAGCAAGGUUUGCCGUGGUUUUUCUCUUGUUUUUGAGACUACAGCGUGGAUGUGCUGCCGACUCCAGGACGUGUCCCCCUCCCUGCGCGUGUUUUGGGGAGCUUUUGGACUGCAGUCGGCUGAAAAGAGGCCAAAUUCCACCAACCAUCCCAGAAUGGACAGUUCAGCUGGACCUGAGCCAUAACAAAUUGCAGGUGCUUGACAGUGCUUUGUUUUCCAAACUACAACAUCUAACUGAAAUAAAGUUGAACCACAAUGAGCUGGAGGAGAUACCUGAUUUGGGCCCUUACGCUUCGAACAUAACAUCCCUCGUCCUAGCAAACAACAGGAUCACCAGAAUCUCUGUGGAGCAGCUCAGGCCCUUCCUUGCUCUGGAAACCCUGGACCUCAGCAACAACAACAUUGUGGAUAUAAAGGCCAGCUCCUUCCCUGCUCUGCCGCUCAAGAACCUGUUCCUAAACAACAAUCGCAUCUCAUCUCUGGAGACGGGCUGCUUCACCAACCUGUCCAGCAGCCUGCAAGUUCUUCGGCUCAACCGCAACCGCCUCUCCUCCAUUCCGGCCAAGAUCUUCCAGCUCCCCAACCUCCAUCAUCUAGAGCUGAGCAGGAACCGGGUUCGCAGGGUGGAAGGACUGACAUUCCAUGGCCUCCACGCUCUCCGUUCACUGAAGAUGCAGAGAAACGGCCUCAGCCGCCUCAUGGAUGGAGCCUUCUGGGGCCUCAGCAACAUGGAAGUCCUGCAGCUGGACUACAACAACCUGACAGAGGUGAGCAAAGGCUGGCUGUACGGCCUGCUGACUCUGCAGCAGCUCCACCUCGGCCACAACGCCAUCAGCAGGAUCCAACCUGACGCCUGGGAGUUCUGCCAGAAACUCAGCGAGCUCGAUCUUUCGUCCAACCAUCUGUCCAGACUGGAGGAAUCCAGCUUCGUUGGCCUGAGCCUGCUGGAUGAGCUCCACAUCGGGAACAACCGUGUGAGCUUCAUCGCAGAUGGAGCUUUCCGUGGCCUCUCCAACCUGCAGAUGCUGGAUCUCCAAAAUAAUGAAAUCUCCUGGACCAUUGAAGACAUGAACGGGCCGUUCUCUGCCUUGGACAAGCUGAAAAAACUAUUUCUGCAGGGGAACCAGAUCCGCUCGGUCACCAAGAAGUCUUUCUCUGGGCUGGACGCACUGCAGCACCUGGAUUUGAGUAAUAACGCAAUUAUGUCCAUCCAAGCAAAUGCCUUCUCACAGAUGAAGAACCUGCAGGAGCUGCGCCUGAACACCUCCAGCUUGCUGUGCGACUGCCAGCUCAAGUGGCUUCCAGUCUGGGUGGCAGAACAAACCUUCCUCUCCUGCGUCAAUGCCAGCUGUGCCCACCCGCAGAUGCUGAAGGGCAGGAGCGUGUUCUCCGUCAGCCAGGAUGACUUUGUGUGUGAUGACUUUCCAAAGCCUCAGAUAACUGUGCAGCCAGAGACCCAGUCAGCCCUCAAAGGGACCAAUGUGACGUUUGUGUGCUCGGCGGCCAGCUCCAGUGACUCUCCCAUGACCUUCGCUUGGAAGAAAGACAAUGAGGUUCUGAACGACAUGGAGAUUCACAACCAGGCCCACCUGAGGGUUCAAGGAGGAGCAGGAGGGGAGACGGAGGUGACAGAGUAUACAACUACACUGCAGCUACGCAAUGUGGAGUUCUCCAGCGAAGGGAAAUACCAGUGUGUCAUCUCCAAUCACUUUGGCUCCUCCUAUUCCACCAAGGCCAGACUCACCGUCAACAUGCUCCCUUCCUUCACCAAGAUGCCCAUGGACUUGAGUAUCCGUGCUGGAGCGACAGCCAGGCUGGAAUGUGCUGCCGUUGGUCACCCCUCUCCUCAGAUCGCCUGGCAGAAAGAUGGAGGAACUGACUUUCCUGCCGCCCGUGAGCGGCGCAUGCACGUCAUGCCUGAGGAUGACGUCUUCUUCAUAGUAGAUGUCAAGACUGAAGACAUUGGCGUUUACAGCUGCACGGCUCAGAACACAGCAGGAGCCAUUUCCGCAAAUGCCACAUUAACAGUUCUGGAAACACCAUCUUUCCUGAGGCCGCUUAUGGAUCGCACUGUUGCAAAGGGUGAAACUGCCGUCCUGCAGUGCAUUGCUGGUGGAAGCCCUCCCCCGAGGUUGAACUGGACCAAAGACGACAGCCCUCUGGUGGUGACUGAACGCCACUUCUUCGCAGCCGCCAACCAGCUCCUCAUUAUCGUUGACGCUGCUGAGGCUGAUGCAGGGAAAUACACCUGUGAGAUGUCAAAUGCUCUGGGCACAGAGAGGGGUAACGUCCGUCUGGCUGUCAUACCAAACCCCAACUGUGAUCCCGGUGUGCAGGGCAGUGUUGGGGUCGGCAUCAUGGGCGGGGCUGGAUCAGAUGAUGACGCAUGGGCCACUGUAGGCAUUGUCAUUAUAGCGGUGGUCUGCUGUGUGGUGGGCACGUCCCUAGUUUGGGUGGUCAUCAUCUACCAUACCCGUCGGCGGAAUGAGAACUGCAGUGUCACAAACACAGACGAAACCAACCUUCCCGCCGACAUCCCCAGUUACCUCUCCUCCCAGGGCACCCUUGCUGACCGACAGGACGGCUACAUCCCAUCAGAAAGCGGUAGCAGCCAUCAGUACAUGGCAUCAUCAAUCAGUGGCUUCUACCUGCAGCCCAAAGACAUGAACGGUCUUUGUCAGCUGGACACAGGAAGUGAAGCAGACAUGGAGGCAUCCAUUGACCCUCUGCUCUGCCAUUAUCAAGGUCCAAUUGGUUCACUGCUACGGAGAGAUAUCUACUCCAAUGACCCAUCAGACGUCUAUCCAGGCAGCUCAAUCGACCAAAGGCCUGUGUGCAUAGACUCCUACAGUGGCAGCCUGCCCAGCUCUAAAAGGAGGGACUACUUCCUCUCGGAGCCGUUUGACUCCUCUGUCCUGAUGCAGCUCCCCAGCGCUACUCUCCACAACGGGCUGGCCAACCACCAGAGUGAACGCCACCCACCUGUAGAAGAUGGAGAUGUGAAUGAUUAUGGACAAACUCUUGAGUGUCUCUCUCCUUGCAACACCUUCAUGGGAACAUUUGGUAAAGCUCCCUGGAGGCCCCAGCAGGAUCUGUAUCCAGGAUUCGGCCCAACAUCAGUGACGCAUAAUGGAAUAACUCUACAUGAGAACCCUUAUGCUGCACCGGACUCCGAGUCAGACAAUGAGGAGAACAGUUACACCAGGCACUUGGGGUUAGACCAGAGCAACAGUGUUUACGAACAGCCUUUUGACAGCAGCAGGACUGAAGCCAUCCCACAGAGCAGAACAAGCACUUAACCAAGUGACUGAGCUCCUGUUUGCUCUUGUUUUUCAUGAAGAGGACCACCAAAAAAAUUUCUACCUCACUGAAUGGACAUUUGCAAUAAAGGACUCCUCAGAUGUGCAACAAGUGAAUGUAAAGGACAAUUUGAUGUUCCUGCAGAAAUGGAGCAUAUUCACAGCUAUUCUUCUGUGAUGUAAUUAAAUAAUAUAGAAGAAUAUAUACAUUUUUAUAUAAAGUUUAUUAUAUUUUGUAAAGUGUAUAUAAACAGAUUACAUUAUUUUUGCUUACCAUUCCUGUAUAAGUAAUUUGCAGCCCUGUCUAUGUAGUUAUUCCAGCCUGAGGUUUUUUUCUUUUGUUUUUGCUUUGAAUGAAGCAAUGUUUUGCACAUAUGUAAACGUAAUAAAAACACCUUAAUGUGUGCUGCUACAUUCA